AGCCGGCCGGUGGAGCGCGAGCGCGCAGGCGCGGCUGGGGUAGGACAGCGACUCCGGAAUCUCGGUGAUCCCCAGUCUGCGCCGCACCCCGAGCCGCAGCCAUGGCCGCCUACAAGCUGGUGCUGAUCCGGCACGGCGAGAGCGCGUGGAACCUGGAGAAUCGUUUCAGCGGCUGGUACGACGCCGACCUGAGCCCGGCCGGGCACGAGGAGGCGAAGCGCGGUGGGCAGGCGCUGCGAGAUGCUGGCUAUGAGUUUGACAUCUGCUUCACCUCAGUGCAGAAGAGAGCAAUUCGGACCCUCUGGACAGUGCUGGAUGCCAUUGACCAAAUGUGGCUGCCAGUGGUGAGGACUUGGCGCCUUAAUGAGCGACACUAUGGGGGUCUGACUGGCCUCAAUAAGGCAGAAACUGCUGCCAAGCACGGUGAGGCCCAGGUAAAGAUCUGGAGGCGCUCCUAUGAUGUCCCACCACCUCCGAUGGAGCGACCAUCCCUUCUAUAGCAACAUCAGUAA